AUGUCUGACUCAGAUCUUUCCGCAGAAGGUGACAAUGCUGACAUACCCGUCCACGCGAUUCCAACGAGAAAAGAAUGGGACGACGAGGACGUUGACGAGGACCAGAUCAAAGAUUCAUGGGAGGAUUCAGAAGAGGAGGAGAAUAAGGUUGAGAAUAAAGUUGAGAAUAAAGAAGCCCCGCCAAGAAAAAAAGUUCCCCUUGCUCAAAGGAUCGCCGAAAGAGAGGCAAAACGGCGAGAAGAAGCGGAAGCCAAAUUAGCCAAGCUUAAACUUCUCCAAGAAGAAGAGGAUGAAGAUCCCAUUAAAAGAAAAGAACGUCUUCGCGAAUUGGAAAUCAGGUCCGAUAUGGAGAACGUGAAAACAAUGCUUGGUGAUACUGUCAGCGUUGGAAUAGAUUCACAGUCCAAAUUAGACAGCAUAAAUCCGCGUACGAAAGAAGAGUUUGACGAGUUCAGCAAAUUGCUCGUUGAGAAAAUACGAAAACAUGAGUCGAAAGCAGCAUACCCAGCAUUUAUCCAAAGCUUCAUUCGAGAACUAUGUCUUCCGUUAAAAGAUGGGGAUGUGAAGAAGAUAUCAACUACUUUAAACACAUUGGCAAACGAGAAAAUCAGAGCUGCCAGAGAAAAGGAUAAACCGCAGAAGAAGAAAGGCAAGGCCAAACCUACGCUUGCAGGAGGAAAAGACGAUGCUUUUGAUACAACAAACUAUUCCAAAUUCGAUGAUGACGAAUUUGAUAGCUUUAUGUAG